UGAACGGAGUAUUCCUCUCUCAAAGCUCAGAAAGGGUCGAUACUCACUGCUUUGGCUUUGCCUUGAAUGCCUGAAAAUGUUGCUUACAAGAGGAUCCAUAUAUAGCUCCAUGCCAAAACCUUUAAGUUAAGCUCUUGCAUAUUCGUCUUGGCACUGGAUGUCCUGUACAAAACAGACUCAUUGACAGCUCCAGAGGAUUUGGUGGGCUGUCCUCAGCCCCCACAGAAACCUCAGGGGAUACCGCAAGCUCUCAGACUGCUGGAGGAAGAGGUCGACCCGCGCUGACGCUACCCUGCAGUGUCAUUGCUCUCAGCAGCAACUCAACCCUUCCUCUUUCCUGCAAACAGUGAGUGACUGAAAGAGAAGAAGAGUAACAAAGCUACUUCAAGCAUUUUUACACUUCUCUCCAGAUCUUCGGUUUUCCCCUGGACAAUUUGGAGCUAUGACCUAAAGAUCUAAAGACCAUUUCAGGAAUGUAGUCAAUAUCACGUCUGGGAUUAGUUUGGGCAUUUACAACAACAACAAACCAGUGAGAGAGGAGAGACAACUGUGGAAAAUCCUUCAAUGCAGCUUAGUCCUCAGUUACAACAGCUCCCUUUCUGCUUCUUCCUUCUGGAGAGACUAAUUGAAUAUCACACUCCAGUCAGCCUUGUUGAGGCUUGCCUGGGACUUCAGUGGAAGAACUCUACAACAUUCCUCAACUUUUUUUGCUGCAUCCUGAGGCACUGAGGAUUAAUCAGAUCUGUCCUCCAUCUGACUCUAUCAGUUUUGUUUUUGUCUCUCACCUGAACGCUUUCUGUGUUUGGCUGUAUCGCAGAACAAAACCUCAUGGAGUCAAUACAGACCCACCCGGUGGUUCAUGGGAGAAAAGAGUUGUAAAGUUCAAGAAUCUCCACGAAAGGAUCGAUUCAGAUGUUCAGGUUAUUUUCUUAGCAGCCCAGAGUGUCUGGUAUGAGUCAGGAGCUCGAGGGACAAUGAACAAAGACCUCCGAUUGGCAAGGAAAGGGGCGCCGACUGGUUUCGGACACGGUCGGAGACACUCGUGCUUGGGUUUUGAUGUGGAGAAUGGCCUGUCGGUGGGUCGCAGUCCACUGGACUCUCAGACUAGCCCGAGUUCUGGUCUGGUACUUCAGGCCAACUUCCCCCACAGUCAGCGCCGCGAGUCUUUCCUCUACCGCUCCGACUCAGACUUCGACCUUUCGCCCAAAACCAUGUCCCGCAACUCAUCCACUGCCAGCGAUCUGGAGGAGGGAUUGAAGCAUUGGGAAGUCAAUUGGCUACCUCGGCAUGGAGAAGACAUGAUAGUGACUCCAUUUGCACAGGUUCUUGCCAGUCUACGAACAGUGAGAAAUAACUUUGCUGCUCUGACACAUCUGCAAGAUCGUGUGGGAAACAAGCGGCCGACAAGCAGUAACCAGCCAUCCAUGUGUAAACCAUGUCUUACAGAGGAGCCCUACCAGAAGCUGGCGGUGGAGACGCUGGAAGAGCUGGACUGGUGUCUGGAUCAGCUGGAGACGCUGCAGACGAGACACUCAGUGAGCGAGAUGGCAUCCAAUAAGUUUAAGAGGAUGCUGAACCGCGAGCUGACGCAGCUAUCAGAGACGAGCCGCUCAGGGAAUCAGGUGUCAGAGUUCAUUGCCAACACCUUCCUAGAGAAACAACAUGACGUGGAGAUCCUGUCUCCGCCUCCUAAGGAGAAGGAGAAGAAGAAGAGGCCGAUGUCACAGAUCAGUGGUGUGAAAAAGGUCACACAGAGCCCCAGUUUAGCCCCCGCCUGCAUCCCUCGCUUUGGAGUCAACACACCACAAGAGAGCCUGCUGGCCAAGGAGAUCGAGGACAUUAAUCGCUGGGGUCUGGAUAUAUUCAAGAUAGCAGAAUUUUCCGGAAACCGCCCUCUGACAGUGAUCAUGUACACCGUCUUCCAGGAACGAGACCUUCUGAAAACCUUUAAGAUCCCAAAUGACACCUUCGUCACCUUCAUGAUGACCUUGGAGGACCACUACCAUGCAGACGUAGCUUAUCACAACAACAUUCAUGCAGCUGAUGUGGUGCAGUCCACCCACUUCCUCCUGUCCACCCCUGCCUUAGAGGCGGUGUUCACAGACCUGGAGAUCAUGGCUGCUCUGUUCGCUAGUGCCAUCCAUGAUGUCGACCACCCAGGAGUUACCAACCAGUUCCUAAUAAACACCAGUUCAGAGCUGGCACUGAUGUACAACGAUGCCUCUGUGCUGGAGAAUCAUCACCUCGCUGUGGGCUUCAAACUGCUCCAAGAAGACAACUGUGACAUCUUCCAAAACCUCAGCAAGAAACAGAAAGACUCCCUCCGCAAGAUGGUGAUCGACAUGGUGCUUGCCACAGAUAUGUCCAAACACAUGAACUUCUUGGCGGACAUGAAGACAAUGGUGGAGACUAAGAAGGUGACCAGUUUGGGAGUCCUGCUGCUAGACAACUACUCCGACCGCAUCCAGGUUCUACAGAACAUGGUCCACUGUGCCGACCUGAGCAACCCAACCAAACCGCUGGAGAUUUACCGGCAGUGGACGGACCGCAUCAUGGUGGAGUUAUUCACCCAGGGAGACCGAGAGCGAGACAAGGGCAUGGAGAUCAGUCCCAUGUGUGACAAACACAACGCCUCCAUAGAGAAGACCCAGGUGGGGUUUAUUGACUAUAUUGUCCACCCUCUGUGGGAGACGUGGGCGGACUUGGUGCACCCUGACGCCCAGGAGAUCCUGGACACGCUGGAGGACAACAGGGAGUGGUACCAGAGCAUGAUCCCCCGUAGCCCGUCGCCCUCAAGCCCCGAGGAGCACCAUGCCGAGGUUGGGCCAGGAGGAGAAGCUGUGGGAGCCGGAGGGGCCGUCCCUUCAGGAGGAGGAGGAGGAGGAGGGGACAAGUUCCAAUUUGAACUUACUCUGGAGGAAGAAGAGGAGGAUGAGGAGGAGGUGGAGUCUGACCUGGAGAGCCCCCUAGAGGAGGAGUCCCAGUCGGGAGGGGAGCGGCGCCAGGAUUCGUCCUCCCCCUCCUUGUCCCCAGACCCCCGCAGCAGCAGGUACCGUCCCCCCUCGCCUCACCCGUCUCGGACCCUGAAUCUGGCUGCCAUGUCGGUGCGGAGCCCCCACAGGACGCUGUCCUCCCCAGGACGGGAGGGCGCCGACAGGGACAGAGAACUAAGCCAGGAUGGCGACGGGGUGGCCUGCCUGCGUAUGGGCACGUAACAACCAGCACAACCUGCCCCGCCUGAGAGACACGAGUGCUGGAUGUAGUGAGACGGAGGCAGGGCAGGCCUUCACCAAUAAAGUCUGUAACAUCACUACAGUCCCUUUACACUGGAGACACCCUCUCUGGAGAACAGAGGGACGUUCCCCCUCUGUUUUAUUUUAUAUUUUGACAAGAAGAAUCGUUUUAGCCUCUCUUUGGGUGCCUGAUUGGCCUUUGUGUCCCGUCCUGCUUUGUUGUAGCUUCAGUUCGGAGUGUCCCAGUCAAAGACUGCUGCAUUUUAACUGGGAAGAAGAGUGGAGCCGAGGCGUGAUGCUCUUAACAAGAACAAAAGGCAAAGGAAAUGUCUUCCUCCAAAAAAAAAAAAUGUUUGUGACAUUCAGACAUGAGCAGCGAACAAGGAUCGCUGUGGUUUGACAGGGUCUUGGAAAUUAUUUUGCACCAUAGUUUUAAUUUAGGAUAUGAAAUUACAGAGUCUGUUUGGAAUAAGUGAGUAUGAAUUCUGUGCUUAAGAAUGGUGUGAGAGAUGAAUCAUUUUACCAAAUACAGGAUGUAUACGAGCAGCGAGAAAAUCGAUGGACGUAAACCUCAGGGUAUGAAGAGAAACAUAAAUCUAAUGUAGCACGGAAGUAGUGGGUACCCCUGACCUGACCCCCGAACCUCAAACUGUUUUCCUGUUUGAUUUACCUCCAAACCAGAGACAACUGAGACUUUGUUUAACCUGCGUGUCUCUACAUUUAAUUAAAACCCUUUAAUAGAAAAUUUGGCAACUGAAGCAAUCAAAUAAUAUAUAUUGAAACCAGCUUGUAGCAACGCAGAGAUUGAACACUGAAGACUGUACCCCAGUCUCACCUGUUGAAAAUACAAAAGACACCACCUGUAUAAUUAGUUUAUUUUUUUACCUGAGAUGAUUUGAAAUGGUGUCAUCGUUUUAAGUUUAGAUUUUUGAACAGUUCAGUUGUCGUACAUUUGCUGGUCUUUGUCUGUGUUUAUGUGCUUGAAAAGCAUUUUUAUUUUAUUUUUUAUCAGGGUGCCUCCGGUCCGCAGUAGCACUUUACCCACUCUGCCCUUCAGCUCGUCUAUUCAGUCACACAAAGGGCUUCACCCACUGUAGGCCUACUGAUCACACAAACACAGUAAAGGACAUCUGUCUCGAGGUACCAGAAGGCCGGGCAGGAAACUAACUAACUGGUUGGUUGAUUCAGAAUUUCAGAUCCUAACAGGAUUUUUUAGAUCCAGUUUGCAGAAUUUGCACCUUUCUUGAGGCACAAGCUCAUAUUUUUUGUUAAGUAGUGAAAAAAACAAUAGUUUGUGGCACAAUAAGAUGUGGAAAAGAGCUUUGUGCACACCCUUAUUACCACAUACAAGUGCAACCAACUCUGUCAACUUAAAGACAAAUCCACCUUUCCUCUUUAAGACAAAUGUAUAACUUAAAGGUUCCCUGAAUGUUUCCCACAUUCAAUGAGUUUAUACUCAUAAGCUGACAGUAGCACUGAAGCUUUAAGCGGCACUGUCAUUCAUUGUGAGUCUGAUUGUUCCUUUUCUACUUCUACCGGACCUGUUUUAAUUUGUAUUUUAAAUAUACUUUUAUUAUAUCCUGUUUUUCCCCAUGAAACAGCGAGGAUCUUAUAAUUCCAAAUAAAUCACCACGCUGUUACUUUCCUGCUGACAGGGUGUGAUGUGGAGAUCAGAAGGAGCACAUUUUCAGAAGUUGCUGACAGCAAUGAAUCGCCUGUAGUUCAUACUAAACAGAUUGUGUUCCAUCAGGUUAUCUUGGUUGUCUUAUUUGGUAGAUAGUGCUCGACUGGGAUAACUGUGUGCCAUAAGUGUUGAAAACACACAAACACCUGCCAGCCUACGAUGCUGUACAUUUUUACACUAGAGAUUUUAACCUGAUGAUUGUAUCGAAGUCAUUGACUUUAUAGUGUUAGUUUUUACGAAUGAUACAUGUUAACAGUAUUUAAAGCAGACAAUUUACUAGAUUUUGUGCAACUUAAGAACAGUCUGAUCAGCCCUUUCCUAAUCAGAUAGCUGAGACUUGAGAAUGUGUGUAGUUUCAGGAGUUCAGGACUCUUUCUGUACCAAGUCCAUGUUCAGUCUAGAGCAGUGUUUGUCGCCACCACUGAGGUAGAAAAGACCAGGAAGCAAAACAAGCACUACACAAGAUAUGAUGCACUUCCUGGUCAGCCAGUAGUAGAAGACACUAGUCUAACAGUAUUUCAUUAACUCAGCUAGUAAGCUUUAUUGAUCAGCCUUACAUGUGAUAGGAGUGGUUGGAGCCUAUUGUUAAAGGACCAUUGUGCUGUUUUUAACAUGCCGAGCCUCAGAGUAUCGUUUGAUCUACAGUUCUGGAAAACUGGAAAAGUACGAAUUUUCAGGCUUCACAUUCACAUAGAGAACUUUUAGUCUUUUUUCAUGACGGCAGCAAUAUUCUGGUUCUGUCCUUAUACUCGUUCUUGGUCUAUUUGUGGUCAUUUUGACAGAAGAAAUAUUAUUUGCUGUGAAAACAAUCAAGUGAUCAUCUGAGAAAUUAAGCUAAAUGUAAAACAGUGCGUCAAGUUUUUUUUGUAUUGCAGACAAUAUUUAGCUUCCAGUGUCGAAAUCCAUCAAAAUCCCACUAUGAAAAUGCCAUGUACACCUCAGCCGCUCCAGAUAUUUUGUGUCAUUGGGAUAAAAUGUGUUGUUGACUUUACCUCUAGUGCCAUUAACAGGCCAACAUUUAUACAGGACGUGCACACAAGCACAGUCAGACUCUGGUGGGCAAUAUUUUCUGACACAGCUUUUUCUUUUGCAUCAGCCCAAUGUUAAACCUUGAGCUCAGCAAACAGCAGAACAGUCAAUUUUUUUUGUUCUUCAUCAAACACUUUUAUAUUGCAUUGUGUAACAAAGACUGUAGCCUGGUGGGGAUUUAAACCUUUAUUCUCUUUCUGAAAACGAAACGCUGUGAUGCUAUAAUCGUCCAUUAAGCUUCCUCUUAUUUCCUAGCUUUGAGUACAAGUACGUGCGCUGUAUUGACUUCUAGUCCCAUAAUCAUUGGAGCUGAGAAACUGACCCAAUAAUUACAUUAACAGUGGUUAAAAAGCACAUCUCCCCAAGUUAGUUAAAAUUUUAACUAGAAUUGGGAUAAAAAGGAGCUCAGACAGCCAGAUAUUAAACUUUUUUAAUAUCAAAUGUAUGGAUACACUGAAGCCCACAAGCAGUGAACCACCAUGAACAGAGUCAAGUAAAAAUGUAAUCACUUUAAAGAUCAGUUUUGAAGCAAGAAAACGCAACUCUUUCCUUGUUUAACAUGGCAUUUUCAUCAUGUGUGAUUUAAGACAUUUAACAGUUGAUUUCAGAUGCACCAAAGGUCUUCAAUGUACAGUUUGUAGCUCAGUGAUCUGAGGCGUAAUGUCGGCGUGUUAAACACAGAACUGCGGCUCUUUACAGGAAGACAUCAGUGCCAUACAGUGUUAAAUGUGUUGACGAGCAGCAGAGUCCCUGCUCUCGUUCAGUUAUUGUGUUGCGCUGAUACUGCCACCAUUAAUGUUCAUGCCGUCUCGUUUUCUCAGCCUCUGUGUCGUGCAAACUUCUAUAAAAAGAUAUUUAUUCUUCAAAAAUGUGUCUGUCGAGACAAAGUACUGUAACAUAGGACAUUUGAUUUUAUGUUCUGGAGCCUAAACAUCAAGUAAACUUUACACGUAUGUAUACAUUUGCCACUCCAAUUUUUUUGUCAAAGGAAAUAACUAUAUUUUUGUUUCUCAUUUUAAACCAAAAGAGUCUCGGGAGUUCAGGGUGUUUUAAGUGGAAAAUGCCAAUAAAUUAUAUGGAAAUUUA